AUGUCGGACCGAGAACUCCCAAUGCCGGCCGACGAGUGUCGUGUGAACCCUGAGUGCCUCGACGCUUUCGGCUCGGUACAUUACAUCCCCAGCAAGUUUGGAAACAUUCUGUUUAUCGCGAUAUUCGGAGCCGUCCUCAUCGCCCAGGUAGGGCAAGGUAUCAAAUGGAAGACCUGGGGUUAUAUGGGAGCCAUGAUUGGCGGUACUGCUUUGGAAAUUGUUGGCUAUUAUGGGCGGAUUCAGAUGAACAUUGACCCAUUUGAAGGGAACAACUUCAUCAUCUACCUCGUCGGGCUGACUAUUGGGCCUGCAUUCUAUUCCGCGGCCAUCUACCUCAGCAUCUCGAGGAUCAUCACCAUUUUCGGCACAGGCUUGAGCUACCUGAAGCCUCGUACCGUUACGCUGGCCUUCAUUGGCUUCGACAUCAUCUCCCUAAUUCUGCAAUCAGCAGGCGGCGCCAUGGCUUCAAUGGCCGAAGAGGGCGACAAGGAGGCAACCGAUCUGGGUGUCAAUGUCAUGAUUGGCGGUCUUGUCGCCCAGGUUGCUGCAACUUCCGCCUUCGUCGUCGUAUGCGUGAUGCUUGCGAUUGCUAUUCGUCGACACCCCGAGAAACUCGAUUACCAGUACGCCCAGUUCCGCAGGACACUAAAGUUCAAGCUGUUCCUGUGGGCCAUCGGAAUCUCGGUAUUCUCCAUCCUAGUUCGAUGCAUUUUCCGCUGCGCCGAGCUUUUCGGUGGCUUCGACAGCUCGCUUGCCAACAACGAGGUACUGUUCAUGCUGCUGGACGGCACACUCAUGAUCAUCACCGCCCUUAUGCUCACAGCGGCUCAUCCUGGCUGGACGCUUGGAGAGUACUGGCACACGGCUACCUUCCACCUCCGCAGCAAGAAAGCACCGGUGAGCACGAAGUUGUUCCCUCCCAGCGAGAACAGCUCUCAGCUGGAGCUAAACUCGACCGAGUACGCUCGUCUACCAACCGAGCAAGGCAACUCAGAAUAUGCGAGACUUUCAGUUCAACAAGCUCAGCAAGCGGCGCGGUAUGAGCCGUUCAGAGGUCAGCAGGCAUAA